UGAUCCUAACAUCCUCACACACUAUUCAGACCAAGACAGACAGCAGCAGUAGCAGCCAUGUCUCACGUCUGAGUCAAGAAGGAGGAAAACGCAGACAUACAGGAAACUGUGUGAUCAGUUACUACAGAGAAACUGCUGAUCUGGGACCAGCUAAAAAGGGACAAAAUGGGUGUUUGGACAGCCCUGAUUCUGGCCUCACAUCUGCUGUUAAAUCUCAGCCUACGUGUGGAAGCCCAGGCUUUAGUGUAUGAUCUGCUCACCUCACCGGACUGCCUGCCGGACCUUCUGCAGGGCGGCCUGGUGGAGCAGGGCGUGAACGAGGCUUUCAUCCUGACCUCCUUCAAGCUUCAGCCCAAAACAGGAACCAGCAUCUUCGCCCUGUUCAACCCGCGGGACAACAGCAAGUACUUCGAGUUCACCGUCAUGGGGAAGCUCAACAGAGCUGUGUUGCGUUACCUGCGGAGCGACAAGAGGAUGACCUCGGUGACCUUCAACAACCUGGUGCUGGCGGACGGCCAACAGCACCGGCUGCUGUUCCACCUGAAGGGCAUGCAGCAGGGUCCGGGGGGCGUGGAGCUGCAUCUGGACUGCAGGCUGGUGGAGACCAUCAGGGACUUACCUGCCGCCUUCCAGGGUUUACCUGCAGGAUACGGCACCGUGGACCUGAAGACCAUGCAGGCCCGAGACCAGGAGAGUUUAGACGAGCUCAAGCUGGUGGUCGGGGACACGUUUGAGAACGUUGCUUCAAUACAAGACUGCCAUUUCCAACAAAAAGACUCCGUCCAAACUCUGGGGGUCAACACGAAGCAGCUGUCCAACCAGAUGCUGGACCUAACGAAGGUGAUAAAUGAGCUGAAAGACGUCCUCAUUCAGCAGGUCAAAGAGACUUCAUUCCUCAGAAACACCAUCUCAGAGUGUCAGGCCUGCGGUCUGGGGGGGACUGAGGUGGUGAAACCCAGGUGUGGUGCAGGUGUGUGUUUCCGUGAUGUACGGUGCAUAGAGACGGCCGACGGGGUGGAGUGCGGGCCGUGUCCAGACGGAUACACCGGGGACGGAUUCAACUGUGAUGAUGUGGACGAGUGCCAGUUUAACCCUUGCUUCCCUGGAGUGAAGUGUGUGAACACCGCCCCGGGGUUCAGAUGUGACGCGUGUCCUCUGGGAUACUCCGGCCUGGCGAUAGAGGGUGUGGGCAUCAUAUAUGCACAGACCAACAAACAGGUCUGUGACGACGUUGACGAAUGCAAAGCAACGGACAACGGAGGUUGCGCCGCAAACUCAGCCUGUCAAAACUCUGAGGGCUCGUAUCACUGCGGCAGCUGUAAGACGGGUUUCUCCGGAGACCAGGUGAAGGGCUGCAAGCCGGAGGUCAGCUGUGGGAACAGCCUCACAAACCCCUGUGAUCUGAACUCUCUGUGCACCAUGGAGAGGGACGGCACGGCCACCUGUGAGUGUGGAAUUGGCUGGGCCGGUAAUGGAUACCUGUGUGGGAAGGACACAGAUAUCGACGGAUACCCGGAUGACAAACUCAAAUGUAAAGACUCCAGCUGCAAAAAGGAUAACUGCGUGUUCGUCCCUAACUCGGGUCAGGAGGACGCCGACAGGGACGGACACGGAGACACCUGUGAUGACGACGCAGACGGUGACGGUAUACCCAACGAACAGGAUAACUGUCCUCUGAAGCCCAACGUGGACCAGAGGAACAGCGAUAAGGACAGCCACGGAGACGCCUGUGAUAACUGCCGCAUCGUGGAGAACCCGGACCAGAGGGACACGGACAGUGACGGCCGGGGGGACGCCUGCGACGACGACAUGGACGGAGACGGCCUGAAGAACUUCCUGGAUAACUGCCAGCUCGUCCAGAACCGAGACCAGCUGGACCGAGACGGAGACGGAGUGGGAGACGCCUGCGACAGCUGCCCCGACACGCCCAACCCAAACCAGUCUGACAUUGACAACGACUUGGUGGGAGACUCCUGUGACACGAACCAGGACAGUGAUGGCGACGGUCACCAGGACACGAAGGAUAACUGCCCCUUCGUGAUAAACAGCUCUCAGGUCGACACCGAUAAAGACGGGCUCGGAGACGAGUGUGAUGAUGACGAUGAUAAUGACGGGAUCCCAGACAGCAUCCCCCCGGGACCCGAUAACUGCCGGCUGGUGCCCAACCCCGACCAGAUCGACGACAACGGUGAUGGCGUUGGAGACGUGUGUGAGUCGGACUUCGAUCAGGACAAAGUGAUCGACAGGAUUGAUAACUGUCCUGAGAACGCGGAGGUGACGCUGACCGACUUCAGGGCGUAUCAGACGGUGGUGCUGGACCCCGAGGGCGACGCUCAGAUAGACCCCAACUGGGUGGUGUUGAACCAGGGAAUGGAGAUCGUGCAGACCAUGAACAGUGACCCAGGACUUGCUGUUGGUUACACUGCGUUCAGCGGCGUGGACUUCGAGGGGACCUUCCACGUGAACACGGUGACCGACGACGACUACGCCGGCUUCAUCUUCGGCUACCAGGACUCCUCCUCGUUCUACGUGGUGAUGUGGAAGCAGACGGAGCAGACGUACUGGCAGGCGACGCCCUUCAGAGCCGUGGCCGAGCCCGGCAUCCAGCUCAAGGCGGUGAAGUCUCGCUCGGGCCCUGGAGAGCACCUGAGGAACUCUCUGUGGCACACCGGAGACACCAACGAUCAGGUGCGUCUGCUGUGGAAAGACCCCAGGAACGUGGGCUGGAAGGACAAGGUGUCGUACAGAUGGUACCUGCAGCACCGCCCGCAGGUCGGAUACAUCAGGGUGCGGUUUUAUGAAGGAACCCAGCUGGUGGCGGACUCUGGCGUAACGAUCGACACGACCAUGAGAGGAGGGCGACUCGGAGUGUUCUGUUUCUCUCAGGAAAAUAUCAUCUGGUCCAAUCUGAAAUACCGCUGCAAUGACACAAUCCCCGAGGACUUCCAGGAGUUCAGCACUCAGCACGGCGGAGACGCGCACUGAAGACACAACAGAUCUCUAAAGACUGCUCCUCAGUGUGAAUGUGAGAGAGGGUUUGAGUGUGUGUGUGUGUUUGUAGAUGUGUGUGAGAGUGUGUACAGUUCAGUGCAUACAUGACCAAACUUUUUGAGCAUAUUACCUUCUUUUUUAUCGACUGUUUACUCAUCUCUUCCUCCAGCUGAGCUUGGUAUGCUGAACAUUGUAAGUUAUAAUGGUGUUUAAUGAACAUAAUGCAGCAUAUCACAUGGAUAUAUUUUCAAAAUAAAAGGUUACUUCUUUAUAAAAACAGUAUUUUCUCACACAGAUGUGUUUAGCUUAAUUUUGGGAGCAUUAUAAACUUGUUCAAACAGCUGGAAAGAAACGUUUUGUAACAUUUUGAUUGCAAACAGGUUGUUUUUGUUUUGUACAAUUCAAAUUACAGACUGUUCCUUGUCUCACUUCCUGUAGAAGAUGAACCUAAAGCUCAUGUUUUCUCUUUCCAACAUCAUUUCAUGUCUAUGUUCUCAUGAACCUGGUCAAAAUAAAGUGAUUUAAAGAGUC